AUGGAGGAGCGACUGAUUUACACAUUUUUCAUUGUCUCCUUGCCUUUCUUUUUUUUUUCGUGUGGCUUUUUGUGUGUUUGUGUGUUUAUUUGUUUAAUCACUCCCAUAGCGCAAUCUGAGCUGCUCUUUACAUCCCGCUACGUGAAUAGCGACAAAAGCGCAUGUGUCGGCAUGCCUUUAGAGAAGCAUUUCCCAUUCUGUUAUUGUGUUUACUCUGUUGCCCUUCCAAAAUCAGAGUUCCUCAAAUUUUGUUCACAUGCGCCACUCGCGUUCGUGGUUCCGCCUCACAACAUCCCUCUAUUUUUUUUAAAAAAAAAAGAUGUUUCGUGUUUUAGUGAUGAUGUGUUUGAACACAACAGUGCUUCAUUUAAAUGCCACUGCAGCUUGACUGAAUAUACGGAUUUUUUUUUUGUUCACCUCUUUCAUCCCUUGUUGUCAUUAUUGUUUUUUAAUGUGGACCCUUCAACACAGAUAGUGGCACAUUGUGUUCAAACACAUACACCGCAAAAAAAAAAAAAUACAGUUCUAGUCUUGAAACUCGGAUAUUUUUCUUACAAAUAG